AUGGAACCUGUCAUGCAAUCUUUAAAGGGCGAGUGCGUCUACGAGAAUCCACCUCCAGCAGAAAGAAGCACAGCAAGUCAAGAUCAUGUCGCUGAAAUCGCGGGAGACUUCAAUACGUUCCUCUCAUUACCAACACCCGAAGAUCUUGUCGCAAGCGCAAACUCUGGGUUACCUGGUGUGAGCACAGGAGCAGCGAGUUCUUCGACAGGUGCGCCGACGCCGGUCAGUCAAUCGUCUGUUCAGGAACUCGACAUGCUGCGAAACAGAGUGCGUCAACUCGAGAGUCAAUUAUCAUCAAAGACUUCAACACCGUUGCAAUCCUAUGUCUCAACGCCAGCUUCGACACUCGAAACCUCAACCUCAAGAUUGGGCGGAACGUUUCACCUGCACUCUCAAAGACAACAUGUUGGCGCACUAGCAACACCUCGAGCCAUCUCUCACAAGUCUCGGUUCUUCGGGCGAAGCCAUUUUGUCUGUGGUUUACCAUUGCUCCGAUACAUUAUUGAAGCAAUUGACCAGUACGCGACUGAGACAUCCGGUCUCAUCAUCAAAGUCCAGAAGUGCAAGACUAUGGCGAAGCGCAUCAAAGCACUGCGUGCGCCAGCAUGGCCGACACCGCUCACCACGGAACUGGCAUCCAAAACUCUCUGCGACAGUCUCGUCGAGUGUUACCUGGAAAGUAUAGAGAAGGUGUAUCGUAUACUUCACAUACCGACAUUUAGGAACAAGUAUGAUGCUCUGUGGACCUCUGAUGCUACGUCAGAUAGGGACUUCAUGGCCCAGCUCAAACUGGUGCUUGCGCUGGGCGCAACGACCUACGAUGACAAUUUCUCGCUGCGAACUUCCGCCGUUCGAUGGAUAUACGAAGUUCAGACGUGGAUAUCAGAGCCAGAGUUCAAGUCAAGACUUGGUAUUCAAUUUCUCCAAACGAAUAUCCUGCUUAUUCUUGCCCGGGAAAUGGUCUCCGUGGGAGGAGAAUCGUCCUGGAUCGCAUGCGGUUCACUCCUGAGAACCGCCGUAUCAAUGGGUCUGCACAGAGAUCCCGCUCUUUUAUCCAAACCUACGACAAUGGCUUGUGAGAUGCGACGAAGACUGUGGAGCACGAUACUGGAGCUCUGCCUUCAGUCAAGUCUCUCAUCUGGCGGGCCGCCAAUGAUUACAGAAGAAGAGUUCGACACUGAGCCGCCUGGGAAUUUUGACGAUGACGAAAUCAUGGUCAAUGGUGCGACUUCCAGACCGAAUAAUGUCUUCACCCAAGUUUCGACGGCGAGGGCAUUGCGAUUGACAUUUGCGACUCGCCUCAAAGUUGUCAAGUUGCUCAAUGACCUCAAGUCUGGGGACUCGUAUCAAGAGACGCUGCGUCUUGAUGCAGAACUAAAGGCUUCAUACAAGGAAGCCAAUCGGAUGUUGAAGGACUGCAAGAAGAGCCAGAAUUCGCCAACAGAGUUUGAGCUGACUGUAGGUGACUUCAUUAUGCGUCGGUAUCUCUGCGCACUUCACUUUCCUUACUAUGGGCUCUCUUUACAAGAACCGAGCUACGCCUUCUCACGAAAGAUGACAAUGGAGUCAGCUUUCAGAAUGUGGUCCACUGUUUCCGCAGAUAAUGUCUCUGGGGCAGCCUCUUCAGCCAAGCAACAAUUCACUCGUCUCGUCAUAUGUAGCUCCGGGUUCUUUCGACUCUCGGCAUGGCAGUCCAGUAUUAUACUCGUCCUCGAACUGAGGAGUACAGUCCAAGAGGACGACGGCUUUUCCUUGACACCAGUACGGCCAGACUUAUUGGAGGUUAUGGAGGACUCGAAAUCUUGGAACCUACGAACCAUUGAAGCAGGCGAGACCAAUAUUAAGGGCUACCUCAUGCUGUCGAUAUUGAUGGCACAGAUCAUGGGCAUCAUGCGACACUUAUCCGAAGCCGAAAUCGUUGAGCUCAUUAUGAAAGCUGGUGAAGAGGCGAUGCAGGAUGCGUUGGUAGUGUUUGAAUCGUUUCUGGCUCAGUUACAGCCUGAAGGUACAGAGACUCAGGAUUUACAGGAGAUUGAUCUUAGCUUUAUGAAUGAUUGGGAUUCUCUGGUAAGAGCAUUGCCCGAGAUAUUCGAUCACGGCUAA